UGCAAUUGUAAAUUUUAAUAAAUUGAUUAACGGUUUUCCCUGAUGACGUUUCGAGUAAAUUAAGUGUGCGCACCGGGUUACGCGUGGAGAGAAGAUUGAAAAAACAUUUUUUUCCUACGCAGCAGAGGCAUUGAACGCGCGCGUGUGUGUUAUGUGUGUGUGUGUGUGUGUGUUAGUGCCACAUAAAGUUGCAAGAAGCACAGUUAUAUUUCAUGUGCUUGAUUUAUGCAAUAAUAAAAUCGGCAAAUUCAGCUUGUGGAUCAAAAUCCGAAAGGAAAGCAGAAAAAUGUGAAAAAAACCAAUGGGAAUUUUUCAAUGUUGUCAAUACAGCGAGAGCGAGAAGCAGCAGCAGCAGCGCCAUCCGCAGUAGCCGUCUGCGGUAGCAGCGCUGCCAGCGUCAACGUACAAAAAGUCAAAAGCAAAAGAGGAGAAUGAAAUAACAGAAAAAAAGAAAAGAAAAAAAGUUGAGCCAUAGCAAAGCACGAAGAAACGCGAAGCACGGGCUAAAGAAAAAUCGAAAUAAUAAAAAAAACACGCAUACAUAUGCACGUAUAUGUAGCUGUUUGCGUGUAGUGAGAUUCUGUGCCUGUGUGUGUAAGUGAAACGUAUAAAUAAAAUUCAGCCAAAUGCAGAAGCCAACAACAAAAUGGAUAACAAAACUAAACAGUUGGAUUUUAAAUUACUGGUGGAUCAGUCACUAAAUCUACUGGACAGCCUCAAUACGGCAUUGCGGUGCGAUGCUAUACAAUUUUUGCUGCAGACGCUCAAGUGCAAAUAUCCGGACGCCUGCGACCAAGUUGUCAGGAAUCUAUUCAGUCACAUAACCAAUGAUAAUGGCGGAGGGCUGGCCACCCACCACGAGCUAGCGAAGAGCGAACAGCUCCAGCAGCUGCUGCUGUCCACCAAGAAGGAGAAAAAGGAGAAGCAGGAGCCGGACAGCGGUGGCGGUUUCGACGGCGCCGGGGCCGGGGCCGAUGCAGAGAUCAAGCGGGAGCAUCAAGUGGAAGAAGAUGAGGAAGAGGAGGCCGGUUCUACAGAUCUGAACCAGAAUUUCGAGAAAAUCCUUUGCAAAGAGGAGUUUCUGGGCCUCGACGACGAGGAGGAGGAGGAAUUCCUCCAUGAUGCGGACACAGAGAAUUCGUCUUCCCUGCAAUUCAACGCUGGCAACCAUGUGGAUGCACUUGGGCCUGGUGAUCCUUUGGAUCUAAUACAAGGCGGUGGCUCACUCCUGGUCAAACGGAAGUACGAGGCAACUUUUGGAGCCGAGGAAGAUGAGGAGGAUCACCUGGAUGAGGACGCGGCCAGCAGCAGCCCCAAUGGCAACAGCAGCGACAGUAAGCUGGUCAAGCGAAUGCGAACCAACAACAUGCACGUGGCUGUGGCGCUGGGGGUGGGAGUGUCGAGUGUGAGGAGGAAAGAGGAGAGAUCCAGCCUAGGCGAGGGCUACGUCUUCCACGAGGACAGCCAAUAUACGCUGCGAUAUCACCACAGUACCGGGGAGUUCAGUGAGCGGGCUUUUAAGGCUCAGUUCCGUACUCUGUUGCGCCUGGCGCUGAGUCAGCACCACAAGCCCUUCCUCAAACAGUUCUAUGAGAACUUUGUGGAGAAUGGACGGCUGCUGGGCACCACGCCUUCGACGAGAGUGUUGAAGGAGCUCCGCGACCAGCGAUUGGAAGAGUGGCGGAGACAGCGGGAGCGUCGUCAACUGGUCAGCCUACUGAAGCAGAAUGAGAUUCAGCAGCAGGAGAUCCAAAAACAGCAGCAAGAGAUUCAGGCGCAACAGGAGCUGCACGACGAUGAGAAUCGGGAGCAGGAGCAGGAGCCGGAGCGUGAGCAGGAGCAUGAGCAAGAGUUGCCCCCACAGCUGCCUGCCAUCUCUUUUGGCGACUCGGAGCUGGAAUCGGAAACGGAAUCACAGCUGUCGUCGGCAGCUCAAGAGAUUAUGAAGUUUGAAGAGUUCAUUGACGACGGUGUAGGCGCAGGACGUCUUAUCGAUGGUCUGGAAAUGGAGCCGGAGAUAGAUGACAUGCUCGCUGGCGCCGGUAGUGCCCUGUGCAGCGUAAACAGUGCGAGCGGCCACAGUAGCAACAGCAGCAACAGCAGCAGCAGUGGGAGUGGGAAUGGUAAUGGUAAUGGGAAUGGAAUCGAAGUAAGCGGGGUUGUCCUGGAGAACAAUAGUCAUCAUUCGCAUCACCUAAGUAGCAGCAGCAGUGCAAAUCUUGUGAUCAACGGCCUUACGUCAAGCAAUAGCAUCAACAGCAACAACAACAACAACAACAAUAAUAAUAACAAUAAUGGCAAUCUCCACUGCCCGCCAAUAUCCCUCCACGGGCAGGGGCAGGGACAGAGUCUGGGAUCAGUACAGGAGCAAAUAGCACCAGGCAAGCCAUCGCUUCAUCUGCCCAUGACCAUGACCUUGGAGAGCAGAGACCUGAAGGGCAACAGUCAGCAGGGACAUAUCAUCAUGUCGGGUGGAGGAAGCUCUGGGACCCACGCCAAUGAGAUUCAGCAGCUGCAUCAGCAUCCAAAUCACUACAACUCGAGCAAUAAUCCCCUCUCCAUGAUGGGUGGCAUGAUGCAGCAGCAGCACGUAAACAUGCAGCACCAGCAGCAGCAAAUGAUGCAGGGACAGUUACCACAGCAUGGGGUCUCGAUGAUGAACAAUCGUCAGAUGCCUGCACUUGUUGCCUUGUCAAAUCUGGGAGACGAAUCUCCGGUUUCGAGCAAUGUCUGUGGCCAGAUGAACUCCUCGCUAGAGCUAGACGACAAUGAUCUGUCGCCCGACGAGGAUGACGACGAGUUGGACACCAAGCUGGAUGAGCUGGAUGCGGCCAAGCAGCAGCUGAUCGAUGGCGGCAGCAGCAGCAGUACCUCUCUGCAAGCGCCACCUUCUCAGCAUGGCAGCGGAAGUGGCGGCAGUGGGGGACACACGCCCGGUAGCAAAAAGGAUAAGCCUAUCUACAAUUGCCUCUUGUGCCCGAAGUCCUAUCGCAAGCGAAAAUCUCUGCUGGAUCACUACAAAAUGCAUCCAGGCUUCUGUCACGAUUGCGGCCAACCCAAUGGCAACACGUUAGAGGAAAUAAUCCAUCACAAUCGGACGAUGCACGUAAAGGAGUUUCCGUUCGUGUGCGAGAUCUGCGGCGAGUCUUACUCGCGACAGCAGCAGUUUCACGCCCAUGUCGAUUCGCACAGCAAGAAGGAUUUCAAAACCUUUCCGUGCGGCGAGUGCGGGCUAAAGUUUCCGCAGAAGAAGCUGCAGCAGCAUUUCGAGGAGACUGGCCACAAGGCGGACGGGGCCAUUUGCGAGGUUUGCGGCGAGGAGUUUACAUCAAAGAAUGCCCUCUACCAGCACAUAAUACGCGUGCAUAAGCGAGACAACUUCUUCGAGUGCCACAUUUGCCAUAAUCGCUUCACGUUGAAGGCCAACCUGGAGCGGCACGUGCAGCUGCACACCGAGGUGAAACGCACUUAUGUGUGCGACAUGUGCGGCUCAUCCUACUACACAUAUCCCGCACUCAGGGAGCACUACAGCAACGCGCAUGUGGAUGUGUCCGAGUGCAAGUGUACGCUGUGUGGUAAGCGCUUCGGGUCGGCCAAGUCGCUGCAAAGGCAUCUGCCCUCUCACUCGGAGGAGCGACCGCAUUGCUGUAACUACUGCGAUCAGACCUUCAAAUGGAAGACGCAUUUGGUGCGGCACAAGCAGACAAUGCAUGGAAAUCAAACGCCGCCGCCUAAGAAGGGAAAACAGCGCUUCCCCAAAGCUAACGAAGAAGCUGAAAUGGCUGCUCUGCCGGAUAUGCCAGGUCCGCCGCCUGUGAAAGCCAGCAAAAAGUCAACGGCCGGAAAGGCAAAGUCACAGGGAGCAGCAGGCGCAGCAGGGGCUUCCUUACAGCAACAGCAGAAGGGAGCUGCAGCAACGCCCACGCCACCACCCCCAGUCUCAACGACCCCAGGAUGUCUGCAGCAGGAUCAAUUCAAUGCGGCGAUGGUCAGCAGCAACAGCUCGCAGUCCUCGACGGCCUCUACGUCCCAGCACUCGGUUUCUACGAGUGAAUCUCAGCAGAAUUCCAUCUACAAUCAGAGCUUUAAUGCUGAGAAACUGCCGCCAAGCCAACAAGCACCGCCGCCGCAACAGCAGCAGCCACAACCACCACCACCACCAAAUGCUUUACAUCAGCAACUUCCAACGCCACCUCCAACACAACAACAACAGCAGCAGCAGCAACAGCUGCGUGCCAGCCCGGCUGAUCUGCACCUGCAGCGAAUGAAUAGCUUCGGGCAGGAGGGGCAGUUCCACUUUGAGGCUGGCCAAGCGGCCGGAAGCUAUCAGCAGCACCAGCUGAUCAGUCAAUAUCAGCAGCAACAGCAGCAGCACCUGAGGAGUCACACACCUCAGAGUCCUCAUCCUGCACAUCCUCCACAUUCGUCGCAGAUCCAGCAGCAGCAGCAACCGCAGCACUUUAAUUCCCCUCACCAUAUGCCGCCAAUGCACCACCAGCACCAGCUGAUGAUGCAGCAGCAACACCGUCAUAGCCAGCGCUCGCCAUUGCACCACCAUCCCUCAACGCAGCAGCUGCAACAGCAGCACCAGCAGCCGUCGCAUUCCCCGCAGCAUGCGAGACUGCAGUCGCCGCAACCUCCGCCAGUACAACAACAACAACAACAGCAGCAGCAGCAGCAACAAUUCCUGCAACAACAGACCGCAGACUCUUGGGGCAACAUGAACUUUGGUAAUCCGCCUAACAACCAGCAGGAGUUGAAGGAUAACAAAUUCUAUAUUGUAGACUCGGCCGAGUUUCUAGGGCUUCCAAUGAAUGUGCCGCCAGCCCAACAGCAGCCGUCACAAAAUGUGAGCAAACCGCAGCAGCAGCAGCAGCAGCCGCCGCCACAACCACAACAGCAGCCCCAACAAGAUCCAGCUCUAGCUAGUGAUAUGAUGAGCUUCCAGCAUAUGUGGCCAGCGCCAGGUUUCAGUCAGAGCCCUCAGCAGCAGCAGCAGCCCCAACAGCAACAACCGCAGGGACAGUCCAAUCCGGGAGAUCCCCACAAUUACAACAACAUCGGCAGCAUACUCACGAAUCUCAUUGACAAUCCCGCGACAAUGGAGUACAACUUCGACUUGAUCCAGCAUCAGCAGCAGCCGACGGCCCAGCAGCAGCAACAGCAGCAAGCAGCGCAACAGCAACAUCACAGUGCAGGAGGCUAUCCGGGAGCCUUGAUGAGAAGUGGCGCCGUGUAUGGGGGAGCCUAUGAGCAGCACAUGAGCGACCAGUUGGUCAGUGAGCAGCAAAAACAAAACAGCUUUCCGCCCUAUCAUUUGCAUGGCCAGCAGGCACAACAGCCGCCGUUGCACCCCCACUUACUGCCCCUGGCGGCAACGCAUGGCAACGUUUACGAGCGAACAGGAGUCGGGGUGGGCGUAGGCUACUCUAUGCUAGGUGACGAGUCAAAGGCCGUCCUGCCUCCGAUGAUGGGCGGAAUGAUGCAGCAAAUGCCCCCUCACGGACAGCAGCCAGAUCUAAUCUACUAUCCAGUGAAAAAUGAUUGACAGGCGAAGCAUUCCCAUCCGCAUCAGCAGCAAGCUCCAGCUCCAGAUCCAGACCCAGCUCUAGCUCAGGAACAGCAGCAGCAGCAGCCGAGCAAUCACCAUCAUCAUCGCUGGUGGACGGAGGAACCAGCCAAGAGAGGCGAUGUGUUUCAUUGAGGAAACCAAGAGACAUUAGAAAACAGGACAGGACACGAAAGCGGAACAAGUUCGCUUAGAUAGUAGGUGAAUGUGAAAUUAUGGACGCGAAUACUUGCGAUGCGAUUGAGAGAGAGUUGUAGAUAAGGGUAAUCCACAUGAUUUUUGGAAUCUAGAGCAAUACAAUACAGAUUAGAGCGACAAGUGCUCAGAAUUCUAAUCCGACCGGCGCUAUGAUACGUGUAUAAAUGUAAUCAUUUACAAGUACAUAAACAAACAAAAGUAAGAGUAUAUUUACGGAUAUACAUAUAUAUAUAUAUAGUAUAUCUACAGACAUAUAAAUAGUAGAACGUAAGCGAAAGAAACGCGAAAAAUUGAAUAAAAAAAGCUAUAAAUAAUAA